CUCUCUUAACAAUAACAAUCACCAUGACGAUGACAUUCCUCCUUCAGUUACUGGCAUUCCUGGGUUUGUCCCGCCAUAUUUUGGCAGAAACCAAUAGCUCCACGAGUAAGGUGUAUGUGCAUAUUCCGUUCCACCUGCACAACCCUAGCGGAUUCGCUCACGUGCAGGCGGAGUUUGGUUUUCAACACACAUCUGGUUCGAUUGCGGAGUACGUUUAUUAUCUCGACGACCAUCUGUGCAGUCCACUCGCUUUUAAUAAAACAGAAGGAUACCCGUCGCACAAUCAAGGUUUGAAUCCGCCAUUUAUUCUCCUUGCAAACGCGGGUACAUGUUCGGCGGUCACCAAGGCUCGGCACGCUCAACAAGUAGGGGCUUCCGCGCUGAUCAUCGCGGACCUGCACUGUAAUUGCGACGACAAGGACUGUACAAAAGCCUUUCCGAAAAGUGAAUGUCAAGAGAAGGAUCCCAAGCUAGUCAACGAUGGCUCCGGAAAUGACAUUUCUAUCCCUUCAUUCCUCAUGUUUAAAGGGAUCACCUCCCAAGUCAAGGAAAAGCUUGUUCAGAAUCAGCCUGUUCUGAUGGAACUUGUGUGGGGUCUCCCCAAAGACGCUACUAAAGACGCCAGUCUUGCCCUCUGGUACCAUCUUUGGACUACCGCGUACGAUCCGUUAGUUGAUGUAUUGACCUACCAUAACGUGCGCGCUGUCUCCAAGGCAUUAAAGGGUCAUGCCAAAUUCACGCCGAGGUACUCCAUCAUUGACGGUACCCGUUUCAAGUGCGUCAACGGACCCCAGGAAAAUGGACCUUGCGACCACUUGUGCACUAACAAAGGGCGCUACUGUACCACGCAUGCGACCAAUUUGAGUGGACAUGCCAUUGUGAAGGAAACCUUGCGCCGGCUUUGUAUUUGGGAGCAUUUUGCCAAGGAAAACGAAGAUCCCUGGUGGGAAUAUGUUCUCUACCACAAAGAACAUUGCAGCGAGCCUCAUUAUUUUGCCAACGAAACUUGUCUUACAAAAGCGCUCGUACAUGCAAACGUGGACUCGCAUACGGUCGAGGAGUGCAUGAAGGAUGCUGGGGACACGGAAGCGGAUGUAGCAAACACUCUUUUAGACGAAAUGAUCCAAAAGCAGAAGCAAUCGAGCGUCGUUGCACUCCCCGCAAUUACUGUCAACCAGGAUGUUUUAGAUCACAUGUCUUCGUGGUCACUCUUUGAGAGCAUUUGUCGGAGAUACUGGGACUCGAAGGUUUCCACUCCUGAAAUAUGUGUCAAGUGCGGUGCCUGUCCCAAUAUUAUAGGUUGCAUCGAGGAGGGUCACUGCGUUGGUUUCCACGAUAAAAGUGACAACGAGAACAAUGCGCCCACCGACAAGAAGGAAAACAAAAGGAAAAAGGCCUAUCAUGGGUGGAGGUUCUUUUGGUUCAUUGUGAUAAGCUGUCUUUGCGGUUUGGGCUAUUACCAGUACAAGCAACAACAUGGAUACGGCGACCGGUCAGGUCCGUUUCAAGGAUAUCUGCAGCUCAGCAGCGAUCCUUAG